AUGAACCAGAUCCUCGUGCAGGAUCGGGUUUCGCUGGCCUUGCCGACGAUUCCCUCGAUCGUGCAAGAGCAGGGCAUCAGCGUCAAAAAGAAAUCGCCCAAUACACUGAUGAUCAUCAACCUGAUGUCGACUCGUGAUAAGGCGACCGGCCAGUUGAUGCGAGACAACUUGUACCUCAGCAAUUACGCCACGCUGCAAAUUAAGGACGAGCUUGCCCGGCUGGAUGGGGUGGGCGAUGUGACUUACAUGGGGCAACGCGACUACAGCAUGCGGGUCUGGCUCGACCCGGUGAAGCUCGCAUCCCUAGGGCUAACGGCCCAGGACGUCGUGCAGUCGAUUGAAGAUCAGAACGCCCAGGUCACCGCCGGGCAACUCGGCCAACCGCCUGCUCCCGCGGGACAGCAGCUUCAACUCACCAUCACCACGCUUGGUCGCUUAACCACGGUGGAAGAGUUCGAGCAGAUCAUCGUCAAGUCGAACGUCGGCGGAACUGGGAAUUCGCCCACGCCCAGGCAGAAUACCAUCUCGAUCAAGAACACACGUUCCUCUGAGUACGACCCGUCACAACCGCAACGAGUCCAGGCUGGCGGCAAUCCUGCCUCCGGGAUUAUCCGCAUGCGGGAUGUGGCCCGGGUGGAACUGGGGGCUCAGCAGUACGGCCAGGCUUGUACUCUCAAUGGCGAGCCAUCGGUGGCUCUCUCGAUCUUUCAGCUUCCAGGCUCCAACGCCAUCGCCACGGCCAAAAACGUCUAUGCCAAAAUGGAGGAACUCGCCGAGCGUUUCCCUCCCGGUGUGGAAUACAAGAUUGCAUACGACACGACACCGUUCAUUCAGGAGUCGAUUCGUGAGGUGUUCAAGACACUCCGUGAUGCGAUGAUCUUGGUUGGCAUCGUUGUCCUGGUCUUCCUCCAGAACUGGCGGGCAACGUUGAUUCCACUGAUUGCGGUACCCGUGGCAGUGGUGGGUACGUUUGCAGCAAUGGCCGCUCUGGGGUUCAGCUUGAACAACCUCUCCCUGUUCGGACUCGUGCUUGCCAUAGGUAUCGUGGUCGAUGAUGCGAUCGUGGUGGUCGAAAACGUCGAGCGCUGGUUGGAACGCGGCGAAGAUCCACGCACAGCUGCUAUCAAGGCCAUGGACGAAGUUUCCGGCCCAGUGGUGGCCGUGGCGCUUGUGCUUUCGGCCGUAUUUCUGCCGUGUGCCUUCAUCACCGGGAUUACCGGGCAGUUCUUCCGCCAGUUCGGUGUCACAAUUGCAGUAUCGACUCUCAUCUCGGCCUUCAACUCCCUCACGCUCAGCCCUGCACUUGCGGCACUGCUGCUGAAGCCCAAGGGGGCCAAGCCGGACAUCUUCACGCGAUUGCUCGAUGGGCUCUUGGGGUGGUUCUUCAAACUGUUCAAUACGGGAUUCGAACGCAGCACGACCGGGUAUGUAUCCGUGACCGGCCGGCUAUUGCGGGCGAGCGUGAUUGUGUUGGUGCUUUAUGGAGGGUUGCUGUACCUCACCUACGACAGCUUCCAACGCGCCCCUACUGGCUUCGUCCCGCAGCAGGACAAAGGUUACCUGCUAGUGAACGUGCAACUGCCCGAUGCGGCAUCGCUGGAACGUACCCAAGAUGUGAUGCAAGAAAUCGAUGCCAUUGCCCUCAAGACCGAGGGGGUGAGUAGCACCGUUGGGAUCUCCGGCGCUUCGAUUCUGCUCAACACGGAUGCCCCCAACAUCGGAUCACUCUAUGUGAUGCUCGACCCGUUCAGCGAACGCGAGUCUGACUCUCUUUCGGCCGAUGCGAUUGGUGCGACCAUUCGUAACGCAUGCCUGCGUCAAAUCAGUGGUGGCAAGGUUGGCGUGUUCGGGGCACCACCCGUCGACGGGCUAGGGACCACGGGUGGGUUUACGAUGAUGAUCGAAGCCCGCGAUUUCCAAAGUCACGAUGCGUUGGUCGCUGCGACGGAUGAGAUCAUUCGCCAGGGUAACGAAACCGAAGGUCUAACGGGGCUGUUCACCGGAUCGCGGGCCGCCACACCAUGGUUGCGACUGGAUCUGGACCGCGAUAAGUGCGAGCAGCUUGGCGUCAGUGUUGGCGAUGUCUUCGCCACCCUGCAAUACAACUUUGGGUCGUACUAUGUGAAUGACUUCAAUGAGUUCGGCCGCUCGUGGCAGGUGAACGUGAUGGCGGAACAGGAGUUCCGUAGCCGCAUCGACGACUUGGCCUUGGUGAAAGUGAAGAACCGGCAAGGUGGCAUGGUCCCGCUUUCCACGUUGAUCAGCGUUCAUGCCGCAACCGGGCCGGCCAUGAUCCAACGCUACAACACCUACCCAUCGACCACAAUUUAUGGCGAUUUCGCCCACGAUACGGGCUCCGGCCAAGGCAUUGUGAUUAUGGAGGAUGUCGUCAAGCAAUCGUUGCCGGCGAGGAUGAAGUCGGAGUGGACCGAAAUGAUCUACAUGCAACUCGCGGCGGGGAACACGGCCAUGUACGUAUUCGCACUGGCGGUAGUAUUCGUCUUUCUCGUUCUGGCCGCCCUCUAUGAGAGUUGGUCGCUACCCUUGGCAGUGAUUCUUGUGGUGCCGAUGUGCCUGUUGAGUUCGAUCGCGGGCGUGGCCAGCCAGAGCCUCGACGUGAACAUCUUCACGCAAAUCGGGUUUGUGGUAUUGGUGGGCCUGGCAAGUAAGAACGCGAUUUUGAUCGUCGAGUUCGCCCGUCAGCAGCAAGUCGCAGGGAUGUCGGUUCGCGAGGCCACUCUCGACGCCUGUCGUCUGCGGCUUCGUCCGAUUUUGAUGACAUCUUUCGCGUUCAUACUCGGCGUCGUUCCCCUGGUCGUCGCCACGGGGGCCGGAGCCGAGAUGCGUUACAUGCUGGGCACGGCAGUCUUCUACGGAAUGCUGGGCGUUACCUUGUUCGGCAUUUUCCUGACGCCUGUAUUCUAUUUCGUCAUCAUGUCCAUUCCCCGUCGGUCACAAGCGGCAGUGCCAACCGAGGACCAUUUGCCUAAGAGGAGAAGUUCCUUGUCGCGAUAUCUCCCGUUAGCAAUAGCAGCCGUCUCGAUCGUCUUGUUCUUGUGGUUGGGCGUUGCUUACCACUGGGGCUGGUAUUUUGUGGCCGCCUUCGGAGUGUUCGUGCUCGCGGUGGGCGUGGUCGACUUGGUGCAGCCGGUUCAUAGUGUUCUACGCAAUUACCCCGUGAUGGGGCACUUUCGCUGGUUUGCCGAGGGCAUCCGCCCUGAGAUGCAACAGUAUUUCGUCGAACGUGAUACCGAUGGCGAGCCCUUCAAUCGCGAUGCACGCUCAUUGAUCUACGAACGUGCCAAAGACACCCACGGCGAAAAGGCUUUCGGUACCGAGUGCGAUACUUACCUGCAAGGGUACGAAUGGUUCACCCAUUCGAUCGCCCCCAAACGUGCUCGGGGAACUACGGAAGAAACCCAAAGCGAUGCCCGCCAUGGCCGCUCGCCCACAGUUCAUGACGACCACGUCGAGAAACAUCUGCAAGACUUCCAGCCGCGUGUGAAGGUGGGAGGACCCCAGUGCAGCCAACCUUACGAGAUGUCGCUGUUUAACGUCUCGGCCAUGAGCUUCGGGGCGUUGAGCUGCAAUGCCAUUCGCGCUCUGAACACCGGGGCCAAGAAAGGUGGAUUUGCCCACGACACCGGAGAGGGUGGUCUCACGAAGUAUCACCUCGAGCCGGGCGGCGAUCUGAUUUGGGAGAUCGGCUCUGGCUACUUCGGUUGUCGCACGCCCGACGGGCAUUUCGACCUGGAGAAGUUCACCCCCAAGUCGCAGCACGAGAAUGUGAAAUGCAUCUCCAUCAAACUCUCCCAAGGCGCCAAGCCCGGUCUCGGUGGCGUGAUGCCGGCCGAGAAGGUGACGGCCGAAAUCGCCGAAAUCCGGGGAGUACCCGAAGGGAAAAAGUGCAUCUCACCCCCGUAUCACUCGGCCUUUCACACCCCGCGGGAGUUGUUGGAGUUCGUUAAGACACUGCGCGAUGCCUCCGGAGGCAAGCCAACCGGCUUUAAGCUGUGCGUAGGCCGUAAGAGCGAUUUCUUGGGCAUCUGCAAAGCCAUGCUCGAGACCGGCAUUCAGCCCGACUUCAUCAUCGUCGAUGGUGGCGAAGGUGGUACCGGGGCGGCUCCGCUGGAGUUCGAAGACCACGUCGGCACCCCGCUCACCGAGGGCCUGAUCUUCGUCCAUAAUUCACUCAUCGGUUGUGGGCUUCGCGAAGAAAUCAAAAUCGGUUGCAGCGGCAAAGUCACCAGCUCUUUCGAAAUGGCCCGGCGAAUUGCCCAGGGGGCCGACUACUGCAACGCAGCCCGCGGGAUGAUGUUCGCCCUGGGUUGCAUUCAGGCGAUGCGUUGUCACACCAAUCGCUGCCCAGUGGGGGUCGCCACACAAGACCCCAGCCGCUAUCGAGCGCUGGUUGUGCCCACCAAAGCAGACCGUGUGUUCCACUACCACCGAAACACAAUCCUGAGCUUCAACCAACUCAUCGCCUCGCUCGGACUCGACGGACCGGAGGAGCUUUCAUCGCGAUUGCUGAUGCGACGCGUCAACCCGACCAAGGUGAUGUCGUAUGAGCAGCUUUACCCAACUUUGAAGAAAGGUGCGUUGCUCGAAGACGAUAUCCCCGAGGAUUGGGUCGAAGACUGGAAUCAAGCGGCGCCCCACAUGUUCAACUAG